AUGUAUAACGGUAUGACAAGAACAGAAGAAACUUUACGUGAUUGUAGUCGUUGGAUAUGUCAUUCAUUUGAUAUAUUAAAAGCGAUUAUAAUUCGAAUUAUUUUUGCACUUCAUGCAACCAUUGCAAUUAUUCGUAUUGUCAUAACAAAAGGAGAUUAUUGGUAUUUAUUAAAUAUGUGUGGAGUUAAUUUUCUUCUUAUUGAACUGAUUGUAACGAUUAUUCAACGAAAAGGCAAAGAACCUAAAUGGUUUUCUCCAUGUUUUUUUCUAUAUAUAUGUACAAUGAUACCACCCAUAUGGUUUCUUGAAAUAAAUCGUAUAAAUAUUAAACUUGGUCGUGAACCAGUGCUAAAUCAAACUGAAGGAGAAGAAUUAAAAUUGAUGAUUGAGCAAGGCCUUAUAUCAAAAGCGAAUAUCAAUGAUAAAACGGAUUUAGUUAUACAAAAGGUGAGAUGA